AUGCAGGAACUUUUAAAUGAUAUGUUGACAGACGACGUCCUCGAUGAUGGUUAUGUCCCUAAGAUUCUCGCUAUAUCCGUUUAUGUCGAGAACGGGCUACUAGUGGGCGGCAGAGUGCCGUUUGGUAAACAUGAGCGUGCCUUUCUUUAUCAAGGCACCCCUGAUCACGCUCGUAUCAUCCCCGAGGAGGUCUCUGGGGAGAAAAUAGAAAGACUACCCAACAUACGGGAUGAUGGUGGACAAGCGUUGCUAAUCGGUAUGAAGUUACGAAAUCCAGAUUGA